UUUUGGUGCGAAGGUAAAUUUCUACCAGUGAAAAUUGUGCUCAAAUCAACAAGCACGUGUGUUAGCUGUCAAAUUUGUGUAAAUAUGCCACAGAGAAGACGGUAUUACAGGCAUGAGGAUGAAGAGCAGGGAGACAGAUUCGAGACAGAGGCAUUUUCUCACAUGAAUGAAGACGAGCCAGAAGAUUCAAAACCAGAACAUGAUCAGGACUUUGGAAGCGAGGAUUCUGACCCUGAAGAUGUACAAGAAAAACCAGAAACAGACAGUGAUGAUGAAGGGCCGGAAGACAUUGGUUUCCAUGACAGCCGACAGUCAGUACUGACACAACUUCGAUCUGCCAUGAGACAAGUAGAUGCGGAGAAACAAAAGAAGAAAAGCAAGAGAAAAAUGCUUGAUGCUCAGUUUAAAGAACAGAAGGCCAAGAAACGUGAAUAUCUAGAAAGCGCAAAAUUACCUGAUGAUUUUCUGCAGAGCAUUGCUGAUGAAAUACCAAAAAAAGUACAGAAAACUGACAAAGUUAAAACAGUUUUAGGUCAUAGGUAUGAAGAUGGCAGGAAGAGACGGCAUAAGAAAAAGAAGACAGAAAGUUUGGUAGAGGAAGAUGUGGGGGCUGAACAUAGAUCAAAAGAUGGGCUAAGGGAGGACUUUAUUGCAUUUACUGACAGUGCAAGUGGAGUACAGGUGGCAGACUUGAAGCAUUUAGACAGACAGAGUAAAACAGUGGCACAGUUAGCUGCUGAUUUUAAACAGAAAAGAUUGUAUGGUCGUGAUAUUAAACGAGAGAGCAAUCAAGCUAGACUUGCAAAGAAAGAAAAAAGACGUCACAGAGCCAGAUGAGAUUCUAGA